CCCUUCACCCAAACCAACCACAUCAACCACAACUCCACCUCCAUCCCCUCAACCUCUUCCAAAUUCACCGAUUCCCUCACCCAAGAAAUCUCCUUCACCAAAACCACCCUCACCUAAACAACCAUCACCCUGUCACCAGUUAACCCCCAUCAGAAGCCGCUCACCAUCACCUCCUCCUUCACCCCAACAUCAGAAGACCCCCGCUCUGCAAGCUUCACCUCAUCAGAGCUCACCCCAACAGAGAUCCAAAGCUGCUUCACCUACUCCUCAUCAGAAAUCCUCCAAACCUAUCUCUCCACAACACUCUGCUGCAUCCACUCAAAAGAGAGCACCAGUAAUGAGGAUUCCCUCCUCAACUGAAGAUAAUGAUGGAUUUCUUACAUCCUCAUUGGCUGGGGAUCUCCAAUCUAACAAGAGGAAGACACCUACACCUCCUCCAUCUCCUGCUCAACCUCAACCUCGGAUCAAUGAAAUGCCACAGCCAACGCCUCCAAAAGCUGUCCUCAUCCCAUUCCAGGAGUUUGUGGAAUCAGCUGAAGAUUUUGGAGAUCAGAUGAUUGCUGGACUGAACAAAAUGCUUGUAUUGAAUCAGAAGCAUGAUGCUCAUCUUGAUUUGGUUCAGUACAACAUCGAGUCUGAACUUGCCAAGAUUUCCACUACCCUAUCUACACUGGCAACUACCUUCCUGAGUUACAUGAAAUCAUCCAAUGAGAAGGUAGAUAACAUAGCCUCAGAGGUGGCCAGCAUCCAUACGGUCCUCUUCUCACAAUCUCUGACUCUUACUACUCAAGACAGGGCCAUUCAGGAGCUGUCUGAUGCUGUGGAUGAUCUUCAAUGGUCCUCUGAUAAGCAUGCUGAGCACCUAACAGAUGUAGAGGACAUCUGCAAAACCUUGAAGGAAUUUGACAUCAAGCUGAUAAACAGUGGAAAGGACAGAGAUCACAAGCUGACUCUCCUUGAAGCUACUACCAAGGAUAUCCAAUCUGCUGUAGAUAAAUAGAAGGAAAUCAUUGAAGGGCUGGCCUCUGUAACCCAGACUCUGCCAGGUGCCCUUGAAGUCAUAAAGGAGAAUCAGGCCACUGAAUUGUCAAAGAUUGCACUCCUGCUUGGUGAUCUUGCUGAUGCCAAAAAGGGGGAAGAUACCAGAGAUACAGAAGGUUCAAGCUCCAGAGCUCUGACAGUCACUCCUGUUGUUGACCCGGCAAUAUACUUUGAAAGAGCAAGGCAGAAAAGGCUAGCUGCAGGCAUCCAGAGACCUCUUCCUCCUCGAUCCAAGAAGGGAAAGAAAACUGCCUCCACCUUCACUCUGGCCCAAUGGCUCAACAGUGAUCUAGCCAAGCCUGAUGCCGCCCAGUUCCAAGAAAUGAAGAAGCAUAUGACUCCUCUACAACAGGAGAAUCUUAUUUUGGAUAAAGAUGGGCUGAUUAUCAUAAAUCAUGGUGGCUCAAUGCAAGAAGCAGAAGAUUGGUGGCGAAUGAAAGUGAUCCCUGGCAAUGACAUCACAGAGGCCAUCAGAAACUACCUGGACUGCAAACUCGAACCUCAAUGGCAUGAGUGUCAGACUCCAAGAAAUCUGGCCUCUAUCAGAGCCAAGGUAAAUGCAGAGCUAAAGAAAUGUGAAGAAGCUGAAAGAAGAUUAGAAGAGGAAGAUUUCUAAACUCUAUCCUCUUGUUGCUCUAAAUACCUUCUUUCAACUAUAUGAAAUAACCAGCUUGCCUCUAAUUUGCAUGGCAAUAUCAAUUUAUGUGUCUUUUACUGCUUUAUAAUUGCUUAAAUAUUUGCAUGAUUGAUUGUAUCGUACUCUUACUAUUUUCCUAUACCAACUGCCCACCAAGAUCUUAAAUGAAAUUUUUUAUUAUUUUCCUUUAUGGUGAAAGGCACUUCUCUGGAAAUAGUUUAAGGGUUUUGGCAUCAUCAAAAAGGGGGAAAUUGUAAGGAAUAAAUGUAAUUAGAUUUUGAUGAUGCUAGGAUAAUUAGAUUAGAACUUUAAAGUACCCCAAUUAGAUUUUAUGUAUUAGAAUUUUUCUGUUGUAAGUAUUAGUACAGUCAACUAUCAGAGUUGCUAUGUGGAUCUGAUCAGAGCUGCUAUAUGAGAACUGCCUUCAGAGUCGCUCUCGGAAGUCAUGAGAGUUGCCCAUCAGAGAACCAUUAGAAUUGCUCUUCAGAGACUCAUCAGAAGUCUACAUCAGAAAGACAUCAGAGUUCGAUGAAAAAGCUUCAUCAGAAUCCAACUCCAGAGAAGUAUCAGAGUUCCUCAUAUAAGUCCAUCAGAGUCCAAGGUCAGAACUUCAUCAGAGAAUCUCAUCAGACUUGGACGAACACUUAGAAGAACUCGAAGCUGCUUUCAACGGCCGUAUACCAAACGGGAAAUUCCCUAACGGUUAGAAGAUAUUUCAUCUAAGGAAAGCAUUUAAUGCUCAUUUAAUGAGCCUGAUACGCUAAGGAGUAAUUGCAGAUGAUUGACCGAGAUUUCUGGAAGAUAUACUAUAAAAAUAGAAAGCUUCCAAAUUAGUGGGUCAAGUCAACAGUACGCGCAUUUAAUGCAGUUGUCUUCUCCUCCAACGGGCAGACAACCCCAGUAUAUAAGCUACACGCUGAAGAACAGAAAGAUAAUUUUGCACACUUCAACUGUAACACCCCGGGCCCGCAGGACCCGAGGUAGUUACUCUGGACCAAUAGUACUGUCCCCACAAACCACCACGAGCCUUUACCGCGCACUUUGUCCUCACUCAUGCGCGCCCUGAGAAACUUCCCAGGGGGUCACCCAUCCCAAGACUACUCCCGUGCAAGCACGCUUAACUUGGGAGUUCUUGGGUGAUGAGCUCCCUUAAAAGGAGAUGCACCUCUGUUGGUAUGAGUAGUACUAUUAAUCCGUUUAUAUUAAAUCUCAAGUGUUACAAUCACCCCCACUUAGGAUCGCAACGUCCUCGUUGCGCCCUUAAACCAAUCUCAAUCAAAUCCCAGAAACUUUUCCCCUGCUAGGUGUUUGCCCGAUAUCUAACGGAUCAGCACACUGUCGCAGGGUUGCUCUGAUACCACCUGUAACACCCCGGCCCCACCGGACCCGAGGUAGUUACUCCGGACCAAUAGUACUGUCCCCACAAACCACCACGAGCCUUUACCGCGCACUUUGUCCUCACUCAUGCGCGCCCUGAGAAACUUCCCAGGGGGUCACCCAUCCCAAGACUACUCUCGUGCAAGCACGCUUAACUUGGGAGUUCUUGGGUGAUGAGCUCCCUUAAAAGGAGAUGCACCUCUGUUGGUAUGAGUAGUACUAUUAAUCCGUUUAUAUUAAAUCUCAAGUGUUACAAUCACCCCCACUUAGGAUCGCAACGUCCUCGUUGCGCCCUUAAACCAAUCUCAAUCAAAUCCCAGAAACUUUUCCCCUGCUAGGUGUUUGCCCGAUAUCUAACGGAUCAGCACACUGUCGCAGGGUUGCUCUGAUACCACCUGUAACACCCCGGGCCCGCAGGACCCGAGGUAGUUACUCUGGACCAAUAGUACUGUCCCCACAAACCACCACGAGCCUUUACCGCGCACUUUGUCCUCACUCAUGCGCGCCCUGAGAAACUUCCCAGGGGGUCACCCAUCCCAAGACUACUCCCGUGCAAGCACGCUUAACUUGGGAGUUCUUGGGUGAUGAGCUCCCUUAAAAGGAGAUGCACCUCUGUUGGUAUGAGUAGUACUAUUAAUCCGUUUAUAUUAAAUCUCAAGUGUUACAUCAACAUUCAAAAAGCUCACUUGAGAUUCAAACUCCAUAAUCAUCAACAAGACAAGCUUACGUUGGGAAGAUUCAAAUCUCCAUAUCCUCCAAUCCCAACACACAGCAAAGUUCAUCCUGUUCUUCAACCUUCAAGGACUUCAACUACAUAUCUUUUGUAACGAAGCAAGUUGGAGAAAACUCUGUUCUUAAAACAGCUUCUAUAAGGAAGGACGUCCAAGUAACUGCAGUAGUGAAGUGGUGAUACUUCCGGGAAGCUGAGUGAAAGGACCAGUCAUCAGGAAGCAGGACUGCAUCCCGGGUGACAACUAGACUUGAAGAAGGCGUGGAGAACUUCUUAAGUGCUAGGGACUACGCUUUGUAACUGUUUACUUCAAAGCUAGUGGAACAAUGGACUAGAGGAACGCGUUGUUCCUUGAACCACUAUAAAAACCCCGGUGUCAUUUACUUUACUGCACUUUAAUUUCUGCACUUAGGACUAAACUGAUUAACUCUAAGACUUGGAAUCUGUGUUCAGCAGAUCUUGUUUUCAGAGUUAUCAGAAAGGCACUUGCCUUUGUAUUUGGCUGAGGCUACCCGGAACUCUUAUCCGCUGCAAGACCAGUUCUGAUCAUCAGAACUCGACCAUCUCUGACAAGUCAACUCUGACUUAAAGAAAAGUUGAAAAACUUCAAUCAGUCUAUUCACCCCCCCCCCUCUAGACUGAUUACCAACUCAAACGGGAC